AUGGAGAGUUGUGAUGAUGAUAUAAGAAUAAGAAAUAAAAAAAGAAAAACAAAAAAAUUGAAGAAUGUUAAGGAAUCAUUAAGUUUGUAUGAAUCAAACGAUAAGAAGAAUAUUUUAUCCAUCAAAAAUAAGAAACUGUUGAAAAAUAAAAAGAAUAAAAAAAACAAAAUGGUAAUUAAAAUUAAAAAUAAAAAGGACAAUGAUGAUAGUAGUAUAGUAAAAAGAAUGAUGAAAAAUAUGACUAUCUCAUCUGAUGAUAAAUACCAGGAGGAUAUAACAAAUUUAAAUAUUAAAAAAAAAACCAAAAAAUCAAAAAUAUCAAAAAAAUUAAAAAAUUCUAUGAAAGACAUAAUGGUCAAAAAGAAUAAAAAAAAAAAAAAAAAUAAUAAUAAAAAUGAUAAUAAUUAUGUCAAUGCACUUGUCGAUGAGGAUGAAAUAAUAACAGACAACGAAGAAAGGAUUAUGGAACGCAUUGAGAAUGACCAUGUGUCAUAUAUAAAUGAUAAGAAUGAUGAAGAAUAUUCAUCUGUAAACUUUAUGAAAUUUUUAGAAAAUUCUAAUGAUAAAGAGAAGGAAUUAAAUAAAAAUAAAAAUAAAAAGAAGAAAAAAAAAUUGAGCCAUGAUAAUAAUAAUAAUAAUAAUAAUAAUAUUCAUUAUGGUGACGACGAUGAUGAUCAUCACGUUGAUGAUGAUGAUGACGUUCAUGACUCGUAUCAAUACUACUCAUUAAAAGACGAUAUGUAUAAACUAAACAAAGAAAACAAAGAAAAAAUAGAAUUGACCGACUUAAUUUAUUCAAAUGAUAACUUCUUUGGUCAAGGCCUACAAAAAGAUCUAAAUUUUUUAGAGAACGAACAAAAUAAGAAGAAAGGAAAGAAACACCUAUCCUUUAUAGAAGAACAAAAGUUUAAUACUACACUAGGAUAUGUUCAGAAUGUAAAAUUAUUAAAUAAAAUGAACAAGGCAUAUAAUAUAAUACAAAAUUCUAGCAAGGUCGAAUUUGGAAGACAAAAGGAAAAAAAAGGAAAUCAAGGUGACGAAUUUUUAAACAAGAAAUUAAUUAAGAGGUUUUUAAAAAGAAAAGAAAAGAUACAGAGUGAAAUAUAUGAUGAUGAUAAUAAUAAUAAUAAAAAUAAUGUUGAAAAUAAUAAUAACAAUGAUGAUAAUAUUAUUCAUAAUAAUAAUAAUAAUAUGUUAGAGAUGCACAUGGUUGAUAAGAGCCAUUUAAAUAACUACGAUGAACAAACCAAUGUUUAUAAUCAAAAUAAAGAGAAAAUAAUAAAGAGAGAUCAUAAGAAUGAAGAAGAAUUUAAUAUAUAUAAUUUUGAGGAAGAAAUGAAAAUGAAUUUAAUUAAAUCUAAAAUGUUACACAUAUCAGAAGAUCUAUUAAGAACUGAGAAAGAAAAGAAACGAGAAGAAAUAAAAAAGAUUGCUCAAUUAAAACUUUUAUUAUCAAUAGAAAAUAGAAAGAAUCGUUAUAGAAAAAAAAUAAAAUCUAAAUCUUAUAGAAAAUAUUUAAGAAUUAAAGAAAAAAAAGAAGAAGGAAAAAUUAUGAAGAAAUUAUAUAAUGAACAUCCAGAUAUGAUUAAAGAUAUAAUUAACUAUGAGAAAGAAUAUGCUGAAAAAAGAAAUUUAAUAAAUAAUAUAAAAAAAAAAAAAACUAUAAAAACACUUAAUCGUUAUAAAAAUGAACAACUCAGAAAAGAAAUCUUAAAAAGUAUACAAAAUGAUAAAGAAGAAAAAAAUAUGUUAAAGAAAAUUAUAGAAAAAACAGUUUUGAAUGAACAAACAAAUGAAGAUAAUAAUAUUAUACAUGAUGAUGAUAUUAUGUCAGAAGAUAGUGAUGAAAUAUCUUCAAAUGAUGAUGAUCAAAUAAAUCAUUCUGAUACAUAUUCAAAUGAAAAUAUAAAAAAUCAUGACGAUAUGGAUGAUAAAAAGAGAAAAAAUAAAAUAUAUGAUGAAUUUAAAAAAAGAAAUUUGUUAAGAUUCUCAUUUGUUAGGAAUGCCGAAGAAAAUAAACAAAAUGAGGAAAAGUAUAAUAGGAGAAAAGAUAUAUUAAAAAAAUUCGAAAAUAAAAAUAAAAAUAAAAAUAAUAUGGAUAAUAUAUAUGAUGAUGAUGAUGAAGAAGAAGAUAAUUCUUUGGCUUCCUUUUCUUCAGAUGAAUUAGUGAAGAAUGAUGAGGAGAGCCACAUUUUAUUCUCUAAAAAUAAACUUUCUGAUUUUAGUCAUAAAGAAUUAUUGAAAGCUAAAAAGGAAUUAAAAAAUGACAUUGAUUUUUUAAAUAGUUUGAAGAAGACAAAUAUAUUGCAUAUUGAUGAUGUAAAAGAUGAUGUAAGAGAUGAUGUAAAUGAUGAUGUAAAAGAUGAUGUAAAAGAUGAUGUAAAUGGUGAUGUAAAUGAUGAUGUAAAUGAUGAUGUAAAUGAUGAUGUAAAUGAUGAUAUAAAUGAUGAUGUAAAUGAUGAUAUAAAUGAUGAUAUAAAUGAUCAUAUUAAUAAUCAUAUUAAUAAUCAUAAUAAUAAUCAUAUUAAUGGUGAUGUUAUGAAUGAUUCUAUAAGUGCUGAUAGUCAUUUAAGUCCUAGUGAAUAUAAAAAAAAUGAUGUCAAGGAUAAAGAAGAUAUAAAAGGUUCUAGCAAGACAAAAAAGAAGAAAUCUGAAAAUAAUCGUACUACUACUAUUAAUAAUAAUAAUAAUUUAGAUGGAGAGGGGGGUGGAAAAAAAAAAAAUAAUAAAGUCAUAGAAAAUAGUUUGAAAAAUAUUAAUAAAGUUAAUAAUGAAGAGAUUUUAGAAUCCUAUUGUGAAAAAAUGAAUGUAUAUAACUUUGAAAAUAAUGUAUAUGAAGAUUAUAUAAAUCCUAAGAAUGAUGAUAUAAAAGAAGAUGAAGAACUAUAUGAAUUAAGUGAUGAUGAAAAAAUAAAAGAUAUUGAAGUUAAUAACAAAGAAUGGUGUAAUUAUAAUACAUUAUUAGAAUUAGAAAAAAAUAAAAUAAUGAAAGAAAAAGAAAUUAUUGAAAACAAAAAAAAUAAACCAUUACAUACAAUAACACUUUAUAAUAAAAAAGAUAAAAAAUUUGAUAAGUAUUAUGUAGACAAAAUACCAUAUCCAUAUGAUAAACAUGGAUAUGAAAAAACAUUAAAUAUAAAUAUUAAUAAAGAAAUUAAUGAUUUAUCAGCAUAUAAACAAUUGAUAACACCACAAUAUUCAAACAAAGUAGGAAAUGUAAUUUCGCCAUUAGUUAAAAAUCCAUUUGAAUUGGCCAAUAUAUUUACAUUAAAAAGAAAAAAUCAAAAAUCAAAAUUGUAG